AUGAAAGCCGACUUCGUGUUUGAAGAUAAUAAAUGUGGAAUGAGUUGUGUUUUGCUUACAACUGGUUCUUUCAAUCCUGUCCAUCCUUCACAUUUUCAAAACCUUCGACGUGUCAAAGAAUAUCUUGAACAUGAGCACCAGACUGCAUGGAACGUCCUCGCAGGAUAUGUCUCCCCAACACAUGAUUCGUAUGUGCGUUCGAAAUUGGGCGAUUCAGCAUGGAUUCCGGCGAAACAUCGCUGCCAACUCUGCGAACAAGCUAUCCAAUCCGAGGAUCCAGAACUAUGUUCUUGGGUUACUGUUUCUCGAGGUGAAAGUACAUGGCCCGAUGGAUUUAUUGAUUUUGGACCUAUCACUGAAGAUUUUCGUGAUUUUCUCAAUGGCACACUUGUCGAUCAAAAAAAUAUUCUCAAAUAUCCGUUGCGCGUGGUGUAUGUCUGCGGAUUAGAUCAUUUUAACAAAUGUUCGUAUGUUGAAAGCAUGGCAAAACAAAACCUCAUGGCUUGUGCAGUUGUCUACCGUGCCGGUUAUGAGGAACAGCAGAUUAAUCGCUCAGUUAAAUCGUCUGGUGUCAUCUACAUUUCAUUGUCAAAGGAACGCAACAAACUCAUGGAUGUGAGUUCGACACAAAUUCGACAAUAUUUUCAAAAUCCAACACCCAACAACUCCAACGUCGAGCGAUAUAUUUAUCCCCAUGUACGUGAAUACAUGAUCAGGAAGUAUAAAAAAUAA